UCCUCGAAUUAUUCUCCUCUCUGUCAAAACUCAAAACCCUCUCUCCUUGUUUUUAUCCGUUUCCGCUUGUUCUUCCGUUUUUGUCUUUGUAUGAUCCCUAUCUGUUUAAAUUCAUCCAUUUUUAUGCUGCAACUCUUCAUCUGAUCAGUAUCAUGUCUGUUGCGUUUGAGACUAACACCAACAGCGAUACUAAUCGGAUCCGGCAGCCUGGGUUUGCUCAAGGGAUGUGGAUCUACAACUCAUCGGAGACCGCUAGAUUCACUGGAGAUGAUCAUCGGAGUAGUAAAUUCCCUGUCGAUAAGGACGAAGAUGAUCAGGAUUCAAGCAGUUCUUCGUCAAUCGGAAAUAACAGUGACGCAUCUGGCGGCGAAGGCGAUUCCGAUGAUGACGCCGGCGGCGGCGAGGUUCAGAGCUUAUUUAAAGGCUCAUUGAAUAACUUAUGCGCUUUGGAACAGGCUUUGCCGAUCAAGAGAGGUAUAUCCACAUUCUAUGCUGGAAAAUCGAAGUCAUAUACAAGCCUAGCUGAUGCAGUAUCUGCUCCAUCAAUCCAAGACAUUGUUAAACCAGAGGAUGCUUACAACAGGAAACGCAAAAACAUAAUUGCUCAUGGUGUAUUCUUGGAUAAAAAUCGAAAUUUUGGUUCUAAAACUGGGAUAUCAAAGAGAUCAAACAACACAAAUGGAGUUGGUGAAACUGAAACUGAAACAUCAAGCAUAAGCUUAAGCUCAUCCCCUAAUCUUUCUCUUCCCCCACGUCCUACAAGAUUACCCACUAAAGAACUUACAGCUUCAUCGUCUCCUAGGGCUAGGGUUUAUUCUUCUCCAUGGAGAUCUUAUUCUCUGUCAGAUUUACAACAUGCUGCUGCUGAAACAUCAAGAAUGAAAAGCUCACUUGAUAACAUAAGAGAUAAGGAUGAGGAUGAUUAGAUAGAUGUUCAUGUUACGUUUGAAAGAUGACUUUGUAAGGUGUUAGGUCUGUAGCUGGUUUCCUUUUUCCCGUUUCCUGUUAACUGCCCUUUGUACUUACUUCCUUGAGGGCAUUUCUGGAAUUCAGUGGAUUUUAUGUUUCCUGUAGUUCUUCCUUGUAUCCUUAUGCUUGUUAUAUAUAUAUAUAAUCAAAUGUUCCCUUUUCAUCGUAUUUAUCUGUUGCCACUUGUCAUCCAUUCACCAAUCUGUUUCAGAUCUGUAUUAUAGCAGAGAUUCUGCAAGAUGGAUGAAGUUGCCACUCAAAUAUACUGAAAGACUCUCAAUCUCGAUUCUUGAACUAUUGAGCACUAAAUGAAAGGUUGCCUGAUUAGUGAUUCCUGAACCAAUGAAAUAGCUUCUUCCUUCUCCAUUCUCGGCUUCUUUGAAGACUCUGAUGAAUUUAUCUGAUGAUUCAAGGUAUAGGCAGUGUUUUUUCACUUGAUUUUUCCAUUAUCUGAUUAGGUUAAUAGCCGAUUUUUUUAUUAUCCGUUUUGACUUGAUACCUUCUAUUCUCGAUUUCUUUGUUUCAGUUUGAUUUUUUAUUUUUGAGUUAGUGUUUCCA